GAAGAGAGAGACUAGCUGCUCUUCCCUUAGCUAAACCAGGCACUGUGCAGGCUGAUGGUUAGGACAGCUGCUCUGGGGGAAGGUGAUCUGCUUUCAUUUCCUGUUUCAAGGAACACUUGGCUGUGUGAUUUACUUUGGGCUGUAAUGACACUGCCCGUCAUAGUGAAUGUGAAAUUAGAAAUGGGAGCAUUUGUUGGAGACCUCUUCAGUAAUUACUGAGGUACAUUUCUUGUAAGGUUUGAAGAGGGAUGGAGGGCCAGAAAUACUGCAGGUCUGUACUCAUUACUGUGGCACUUCAGAGCUAAAGAUAUCUUGAAAACUUUACUGGGUCCUUGAGAGAGAAAACUACAUGACACUACACCAUGAGUGACAGUAAAUGUGAUAGUCAGUUUUACAGUGUUCAAGUUGCAGAUUCAACAUUCACUGUACUAAAACGUUACCAGCAAUUGAAGCCUAUAGGAUCAGGGGCACAGGGCAUUGUUUGUGCUGCGUUUGAUACAGUCCUUGGAAUAAAUGUUGCUGUAAAGAAGCUGAGUCGUCCUUUUCAGAAUCAAACCCACGCAAAAAGGGCUUACAGAGAGCUUGUUCUUUUAAAAUGCGUCAAUCACAAAAAUAUAAUAAGUUUAUUAAAUGUAUUUACACCACAGAAGUCACUAGAAGAAUUUCAGGACGUAUAUUUGGUCAUGGAGCUGAUGGAUGCAAAUUUGUGCCAGGUUAUUCAUAUGGAAUUGGAUCAUGAAAGAAUGUCUUAUCUUCUUUACCAAAUGCUGUGUGGUAUCAAACACCUCCAUUCAGCUGGUAUCAUCCACAGAGAUUUGAAACCCAGCAACAUAGUAGUAAAAUCAGAUUGUACGCUCAAAAUCCUCGAUUUUGGACUGGCAAGAACAGCAUGUACUAAUUUUAUGAUGACUCCAUAUGUAGUAACACGGUAUUACAGAGCACCAGAAGUUAUCCUCGGAAUGGGAUAUAAAGAGAAUGUUGAUAUCUGGUCAGUUGGGUGCAUCAUGGGAGAAUUGGUGAAAGGUUGUGUGAUAUUCCAAGGCACUGAUCAUAUUGAUCAAUGGAAUAAAGUUAUUGAACAAUUAGGCACACCAUCAGCAGACUUUAUGAAGAAACUACAGCCUACAGUGAGGAAUUAUGUGGAAAACAGGCCAAAAUAUCCUGGUAUUAAAUUUGAAGAGCUCUUCCCAGACUGGAUAUUUCCAUCAGAAUCUGAUCGUGAUAAGUUGAAAACCAGCCAAGCUAGAGAUUUAUUAUCAAAAAUGCUUGUAGUAGAUCCAGACAAGAGAAUUUCCGUAGAUGAAGCCUUACGUCAUCCUUAUAUUACUGUCUGGUAUGAUCCAGCUGAAGCAGAAGCUCCUCCACCUCAAAUUUAUGAUGCGCAAUUGGAAGAAAGAGAACAUGCAAUUGAAGAAUGGAAAGAAUUAAUAUACAAAGAAGUAAUGGAUUGGGAAGAAAGGAGCAAGAAUGGUGUGGUAAAAGAUCAGCCCUCAGAUGCAGCAGUGAAUAGCAACACCAGUCCUUCCCAGUCAUCAUCUAUCAAUGACAUUUCAUCCAUGUCAACAGAGCAAACAUUGGCCUCCGAUACAGACAGCAGCCUCGAUGCCUUGACAGGACCCCUCGAAGGAUGUCGAUGAUCAGCCAGGAUUGCAGACUUGACUUUGGAAAAGAUCUCUUGCUUCCAUUGGGCCUGAAUUGCUUGUAAGUUAAUGGAACCAAGUAGAAAAACUCCAUGUUCUGCAUGUUCUGCUAAAGUAAUGCCUGUUUUUUUUUUUACUCAGUUGUUAUGAAAUUGCCUGCUUAAUGUUGUAGAAUGAAAGCAAAUCAAUGUUUAAAGAACAAAAGAUUUUAAAUUUAGACUCUAUUAUAGGCUUUUGUUUGUUUCAGCCUAUUUCAGGUGAGCAGUUAUAAUAGACUUUUAGCCAAUAACUCCUCCUAAGUGGAUUCAUGAAUCUUCAGUCCCAACCAGCAGGCUUCUGUGACACAAUGGUUGUUUACAUUUUAGUACAGUAUUGCUCAUUAGAGGUUUUUUGAAUGUAUAGUCUCGAUGAAGUUUGUUUUAACGUGUGACUGUGGCAGUUUGCUUUAUUUAACGACUGGAGCGUUGUAUGUAAGUGUGAUCUCACACAUUGAAUGCUGUCAGUUCCGUGUUUAAAGGGUAGAUAUUCUUCCACGUAGCACUUUUUAUUUUAUUGAGCCCUUUCUAGCUUCACUUUCCAAUUCUGUCUAUCUUCUUGUAGAAGAGAUAAACGUGAAGUGUAAAGAAUAUAGCCAUUACUUUGUAUUUCACCUGUGAGCAUGUGUGUCUAACUUUUCAGUUCUUUAAAUAUGGGUGGAAGAUACAGUGGCUUAAUUAAACGUUAAGGAAGGAUGAGUGACUUAUCUGUGAAGCAGUGCCUGUUUAGAAGAGGAGAGAGUGCUAAAAUGUUCUGUAUUUUCUAGAUUGUGAUACUGGUCCUUUACCAAAAACAAACAGAAAAGGAAAUUUUAUCUGUGAUGCUCUUCAUUCACUGCAAACUGAUAAAAGGACAGAUGAAUUGGAGAGACUUGCAGCCUCAAAAAGAGCUGCAUAAAUGUGUUCCAUUUUUUUAAUGGGUCCAUUCUGUCUAGUGAGUAAUUAAAGAAAGAAAAAUGCAGUAGUUUUGAGUCACUUGUAAAUUAAGUAUUUAGUUAACAGAGUUUAGCUCUAUUCUGGCCUUAGGAACAACUCUCUGUUUGUACUGGGAGAUGAAAACAUAUUUAGUACAUAUUUUCUAAAUACAGUGUCAGAGAAGAGGAGAUUGAGAGUAUUUGCUGCUUCAAUACAGGCUUAUCAGUACAGUUUUCAGAACCAGAUAAUACAAAUGUUGCCUGUUACACUGCAUAAUAUGUUGAAUUAGAAAAUGUAUUUGUAGUAGACUAGGGCUUAAAUUGCUUUAUACUGCACUCCUGUGAAUCUGUGCACGUUCACUUGGGAGUGCACAGGUGUGAAACUUUGCUAAAGGAUCGUGUGUGUGUGUGCAUGCAUGUGAGACUAAACUAUAUCGCUAUAAGAGUAAUAGAGAUGUACAAGAUGAGGUAAAACACCACUUUCUUAAAGGCACUAUAUUUAGCUGUUGAUCAAGAUACUCUUGACUUGAAUAUAUAAAUAGGACUUAUAAAAUAUACUGGCCCAGCCAGCCACUGCAUUACUGGCAUAUUUCUCUUGUAAAAGAAAACUCGCUGUUGUUUCUGACCUUAUAAUUUGAAAAGCAUCGAUUUCUCUUUAUGCAAUAUUACUUUUAUGUUAAAAUUGUACCACUUUUUAAUAGCUAAAUUUGCUCUAGCAAAAAUAUUAAGGUUUUACUGUCCCAGAAGGUUAAAAAAAAACAAAACCAAAAUGAACCAACAUUUCUUAACAUUAAAUUCAGAAUUGUCAUCUGGAAUCUUGGAUUUUUAAAAUUCUAUUUAAAUGAGUUGCAGGAUAUUAGGGCUUGGGUUUUUUCCUUGUUGUUUGGUUUUAAACCUAUGGAUACUUUUAUUUUUGGAUACUGACAAUAUAUGUGAAAUAUUUUUAGUGCACUUUUGUCACUGGAAGAAAAACAACCUACAUUUAAAAAUAGCUAUUUACCAUAUAACAGAACAGUACAGGUUGCUGUUCUUUGGCAUCUUUUUAAUCCUUGUUAUUUGUGUAAGUUAAAAUUACUAAAGACCUAUUCAAAAUGAACAGUAGUGAUCCACUAUGCAAGUAACUUCCUUGGAUUUCAUUUUUCCACAUUCUUAUCUUUUUCAACUGAAGUUGCACUGUGCUAUGUUCAUUUUAACAGUUACUGCUUUAGAAGGCUUAACGCAACAAAGAUUGUAGAUAUUUAGGGUUGAAUUUUUUCUAUUGGCUUUGGUCUGCUCAAAACUAUGAGGGUUGGACCAGAUGACCUCCAGGACUCUUCCAACCUAAAUUAUUCUGUGAUUCAAAAUGUCAUUUAAUGUUUAACACAACUGCCCUAUCUCCAUGAUUUGAACUGGUAUCUGACCUUCUCCUAGAGCAUACUGUUAGUAUAUGUGCUCUUGAAAAAGAAGACCCCAGAGAUUAACUGAGUUUCUUUGUAAAUCUUCUUGUAGAUAAGCUGUCUCAUACCUUAUUUUUUUAACAUCAUCUUGCUAUGGCAUACAUUGAAGCUUCCAAGUUUUACAAAAAUGUUGCUGCCUUCAGAGUAUGCAUGAAAUGUCUGUGAAUAUUGUGGAUUUUGAUUCCAAUAUAAACCAACAUCAAAUUGCUAAUACCUGUAUGAACACUGAUCUCAAGAAGACACAUAUGCAGGUUAUAUUCGGAAAAACGCAUGCAGAAUAGAUGCAAGCUAAAGCUCCCAUGCUAUUUCAGUGUGCACAUAUAGAUUCUGAAUGCACUGCAUGCCAAUUAUAUGCAUCUAGUUGUAUUCCUGACUGCAGAUUAAGUUCAGUGCCACGUUUGUGAUAAUGGUCGUCAAUGCCGUGAGAGCUUCAUUGAUGGAGAGCAAAGUGCACGUGUAACUUGACAAGGGUUUAAAAGUUGAGAGUUUGGUGUGCAAUAGAAUCACUUUUAUUCCUAAUACUAAAAUCAUGUAUGUUAAGUGAUGCAAUUGACCAUUUUUUUUGCACUUUGGCAUUUAUAAAUAUUUAUAUGUAUUUAAAGAUUAAGACUAUGUGAGUGUGUGUAUGCAUAUAUAUAUAAAGACACCUGCUCAGUUUCGUAAAAAUGAAUGUUACUUUUCUUUGAGAGACUUUGUAUAGUGUUAACACUACUGCGGUAUACAUAAACAGUUGAUGAAAUCAGACCAAAAAUAAGUGGUGGUCAAAAUAGAUACAAUCUGUAAUCUUAACUGCUCACCUGAAAGAAAGAGGGAUCUAUGGCUAUCAAUCAGAUUAGUUACCAGAAACAUUGUUAGAUGUCUGAACACUGAGUAGCUGAAUGGCAUUGCAGAAAUGGAGUAUGUUUUAAACAGUUCGUUUCAUCUGUGCUCAUAUCAUUUUUCCUCAAAAACCUACGACCUUUAGAAAGAAAAGCUUGGCAUUUUGAACUCUGAUAAGCAGCCUGUAAGUGUGAUUUGAGGAAAUACUGUGAUAUGGCAAAUUCAGUUUUAUAUUGAAAAAGGUGAGAAGUGAAUGUUAAAAUUAAGGCUUUGUCUGCAUGAAUCACACAAAAUAAACUAGUCAGUGACUGGAAACUACUGUUUGCAAACAGCCUUGGAAGUUUUGUAAUGUUUCCGUUUGCAUUUCCUUGUCAAAAUAAACUCAACCUUAACUAGAAAUUAACUAGUUAGUUGGUAAGUUUCAAAAGCUGUAAGGAACCAGAGGGCUCUGGAGGUUUUCGUUGUCUCUUUUUUAAGACCUAACAGAGCAUAUGUGUUUAUUCAAAAUUAAUUAAGGAAAACCAAAGUGAUUCCAUAUGUUCAAUUUUCCUUUCCUAAAGGAAAGUUGGUUUCCUUUUUAGAUUUAUUUGGCUUUAAAUCCUGAUUUUAUCAAUUAAGUAGCAUUUAGACAUUCAAAAUACAGCUGACAUCCCAAGUCUCCAAGAAGCGAGUGGAUGACCCUUCUAUUGGCAGAAGUGCAGUCCUCUGUUUUCACGUGUGCUGGAAGUUGAGAUGUUAAAGUGCAGACAAAUCUUUCCUGAACAUAAUCCUGGUUUGGAGUACGGGUUCAGUCUUGCAGCAAUACAGUUUGUGUGGAGUGUUUCAUUUGAACUGUGACACUUGAAGUGGAAGUUUAAGCAUGGUGGGGGGUAAAUGCUGAACAGCCUUUGUCUGUAUAUUCUACAUAUGUCAUAUGGAUUCUAUCAGGGCUUGAUGCUAAACUUAGUGAUACCAUAUACUGGGAACCAAAUUCUUUCCUGGGAGGUGUAUUGUGGAAUUCCUGCUCAAAACUGGCUUUGAUCUAGGGAUGCCAGCACCCAGAUGCAGAAUUUGGACUUGAGUUCCUAUAGAUGAAUCUAGUGAUUUCUUUGCUUUUCCAGAGUGUCUUUUGGUUUUAUUUUUUUUUAAGAUGUUGAAAUAUGACAGAAAAAAAUGUAUUCUGGCUUAUUAUUUUACAUAUAUUUUAGAUUGUCUAUUCCAUGAGUGAUAGUGAUGUUCUAAAAGCUUAUUACACGACUUCUCAGAUCAGUUUUAUUUUUUGCCCGCUCUGCAUGCUAAGAAUGUCUGGAGCUAAACUAAUGUUUUAAGCAAACCAUCUUUUCUCAUAUUCGUGUUGGAGGAAAGUGGGGAGAUAACCAUCGUAUCUGUUUGUGUUCUAUAAAAUGACUAUUUUUGUAGCUAAAAGUUUAGUUGCGGGAUUUCAAUCCCACACAAUGUUGCUUUGUGGCUAUAAAUUUCCCUGGGUCCGCUAUUUCAAUCAGUAUGUGUAUAACAAGUCCAGUAUGAAAUUAAACUAAUAAAAUGCACUCUUCUGCAAUUUGUUAUUGAAAAUACGGCAAAUUAUUUUGGUCCAGGACUUCAAAACAAAAUAGAGAAAAUCCAUGGAACUCUUUAAGGUUUUUAUUCCUUGAUGCUGCUGUUUGUUUUAUGGAAAGGUGCUUGCAGUUUUGCACAGAAGAAAUCAACUUCUAUUAAUUGCUGGGUUUGAAGCACUUUAGGAUUCUUCUAAAUACAGCCAGUUUAUAAUGUAAAAAGGAAUGACAUGAAAGUUUCAUGUGUUUAAAUUUUGGUUGCCAUCUUUGCUAUUCUGAUGGAUUUGAUCAGUGUGUUCCUUUAAAUAUAAAUCUGUUUUCAGAGAUUUGAAAUGAGAAAUCUUUUUAAUGGGCCAAAAUUUAACACACAGGAAGAGAUCAUUUGAGAAACAUCUUGGACUCAAACGCCCGUAGGUGACUUGAAUUGCAAUGUGACUACCUAACCAUUUGUUAGAUAAAGAAACAACAAAGUUACAACAGUGUGUGUUCCUAUAGCGAGUUCCUAUAGCUAUGAGCACUGGGAUUCUUUUCCUCAACAAAAAGCUUUUUAUUACCUAUAGCUACACAUCAUAAGGUAGUUGUAUCUGCUGUGGUGAGACCAGAACAGCUGUUUAUUAGGACUCCACUGCAGUAGAUGCUGUGUGAAUAUACCACAGAAAGACAUUGUCCCUGCUUUGAAAUGCUAGUCCAAAACCCUGAUGCUUUCUAGGGUGUACUUAAGCAAAUCCCUGUGUAUUUGUUUCUGUAGCUCAGCACUCUGUAGUUUCUUAGGGUAACAAAAGCAGAGAAGAAUGUAAUCGGGUAAGAGCAGCAUUUUAUGUUCGCUACCUGAAACAGUCCUAUUUGUUACUGAUAACAAAGUGAAUUUAAUACCUGUGAGCAUAUGCUAAUGUGUUGUCUUCUAAUGGGGAAGAUCUUUUUUGAGAACCCAAGCUUGUCACAUAGUUUUUCUAUGAAUUCAGAUGCUUAAAUCGGUGCUAAUUUUUUAAAAGAAGAUGUAACAGAUGGCUAGCAGUGUAUUUGUCCAUUUUUGAUACCUAUAUUUUCUUAAGUGGUGGCAAGCCAAACUUUAUAAAAACGAACCAAUGUGCAUUUUCAGCUUCAUCAGAUUCCCAGAUUUUCCUCAAGUAAAAUGUUUAAACGUCCAUGGUAGUUGCUGCUUCUUUGGAGCUAUUGCUUUCAAGUGUUGUGUACACUAAUAAAAUGAACACAGAAAAGAUAGCAAAGCAUCACUGUCCUUUUCUUGAAGUUACAUGAUGUGUUGGGUUCCCCAUGUGGUUUUAGUAGCUUAGUGUAAUCAAGAUACCUAAUUAAAAGCAAGUCACAGAUACCUGUGUGCAGUUAACUCAGUGCAGUGAAGCCUUACCAGGUCAUUAAGAUAAUGUAUAAAGAUUAUAUAAAUUUUCAUCUAUUUUGAAGAGGGAAUAACAAAUAGAAAUAAUUACCUGUUUUCAUACGAAUCCAAAUGUUAAUUCCAGAGAAUAUAUUCUAUGAUUCUAUAGUGUACUCCAGAACACAUGCUAUUAAAGAGUAGAAUAGGCUCCUUGAGUCAUUUGUUAUGAAAUCCAGUUUUAUCUAAUGAUUCAAAAUACCCCCCCCCUCCAAAAAUCAGUUCUUUGAGAGUUUCUUUUGAGAUGCCUUCAAGUUUUAAGUCCCUUUGGAAUGCUUUCUAUGGCUCGUUUUGGCCUCCCUUUCCCACGUUCUGUUUACCAAAUGUCACAAAAAGUAGCAUCAAGCCCUAUCACUUAUUACAGUGUUCUGAUUUUAUGGCCUUAAUAUUAGUUACAGUAUGGUAUAUAAUUUCAGAAGAAAGAUGUGCUUUGAAGUCUAAUUAUAUAGAUACAUGUGGCCUCUUUUGCCUAUGAAAUUAGGCUUUGAUUGUCAUAUCUCAUUCUUGAUGCUUGUGCAAUAGGAACAUGUUCCUUUCAAUGCAGUGGCUAUUUUGUCUGAUGCUGGAUUUUAUUUUCAGGAUGACUAGAAAGUGUUUUGAGUUGGUUUUUAUUUUUAUCAACAGCAGUUUUGUGCUUCCUUGGUUUUUUUGAUUGAUUUUCUUCAAGGAAACUAGAAUUUCUUCAGGAAAACUGUCAAUAACUAGUUCUGAAGUUCUACUUCAGCCUCAUUCUGAAGCUUUGUGGGUUUUUUUUCCUCCAAAAACCUUAUCGUAAAACCGUACUAAAGCCACUGUAAAAUGACAAAUAAAUAUGUACACUUCAAAAA